UGACAAACUCAAAGCACAUUGGGUCUUAUCUCUCUCGAACACACAUACACACAAUUUCACAUAUAGAGAUGGGUGAAGGUAUGAUUGGAGUGAGAGUAGUAGAAAGAUAUUCACCGGUCAUAGUGAUGGUGAUGUCAAACGUAGCGAUGGGUUCGGUGAAUGCACUUGUGAAGAAAGCUCUUGAUGAUGGUGUGAACCAUAUGGUCAUUGGUGCUUAUCGAAUGGCUAUUUCCGCUUUCAUUUUGGUUCCCUUUGCCUAUAUCUUGGAAAGGAAAACAAGACCACAGAUAACGUUUAGGCUAAUGAUCGAUCAUUUCGUCAGUGGCCUUCUCGGGGCGAGUUUGAUGCAAUUUUUCUUUUUGCUGGGUCUGUCGUACACGUCAGCAACUGUUUCGUGUGCUUUGGUAAGCAUGUUGCCUGCAAUCACCUUCGCUUUGGCCCUUAUUUUCAGGACUGAAAAUGUAAAGAUUCUAAAGACCAAAGCAGGAAUGUUGAAGGGGACUUUAAGUAUUAAGUACCCUUGCAAAUACUCGAGCACAUGUCUUAUGUCAAUCUUCGCCGCAUUCCAAUGUGCUCUCUUGAGUCUUUACAAAAGCAGAGACGUUAAUGAUUGGAUCAUCGAUGAUAGAUUCGUCAUCACCGUCAUUGUCUACGCUGGAGUAGUAGGACAAGCAAUGUCGACGGUAGCAACAACAUGGGGGAUAAAGAAAUUAGGAGCUGUGUUCGCAUCUGCAUUUUGUCCACUUACUCUAAUCUCGGCUACUCUAUUUGAUUUCCUAAUUUUACACACUCCUUUAUACCUUGGAAGUGUGAUUGGAUCACUAGUGACCAUAACGGGUCUCUACAUGUUCUUGUGGGGCAAGAACAAAGAAACGGAAUCAUCAACUGCAUUGUCUUCUCCAAUGGAUAACGAAGCUCAAAAUAUUAAUAAGGAUAAAGACUCUAAGUCGCCCUUCCUCCAUGGCUACUCUCAAGGGUUUUGGCUGCGAUGGAUUCGUUUGGGUGAGGCUUUUGAGAAUAUAAAGGGAAUUCUUUUGAGUUCUGCUGGAGAAGCAAACCGACUGUUUCACGUUUCUCUAGAAUCUAAAGAGAGAGGAUUUGAAGCAGCGAAUAGCUGCAACGGUCCUGUUAUGGAUACUAAUACAUCUGGAGAAGAUUUAUUAGCUAAGGCAAGAAAGCCAUAUACAAUAACAAAGCAGCGAGAGCGAUGGACAGAUGAUGAGCAUGAGAGGUUUCUAGAAGCCUUGAGGCUUUAUGGAAGAGCUUGGCAACGAAUUGAAGAACAUAUUGGGACAAAGACUGCUGUUCAGAUCAGAAGUCAUGCACAAAAGUUCUUCACAAAGUUGGAGAAAGAGGCUGAAGCUAAAGGCAUCCCUGUUUGCCAAGCUUUGGACAUAGAAAUUCCACCUCCUCGUCCUAAACGGAAACCCAAUACUCCUUAUCCUCGAAAACAUGGGAAUCAAGGUACAUCUUCCUCACAAGUAUCACCAGCAAAAGAUGCAAAACUUGUUUCGUCGGCCUCUUCUUCACAGUUUAAUCAGUCGUUCUUGGAUUUGGAAAAAAUGCCGUUUUCUGAGAAAACAUCAACUGGAAAAGAAAAUCAAGAUGAUAAUUGCUCGGGUGUUUCUACUGUGAACAAGUAUCCCUUACCAAAGAAAGGAAGUGCCGAUAUUGAAACAAGUAAGACCUCAACCGUGGACAACGCGGGUCAAGAUGCUCCCAAGAAGAACAAACACAAAGAUGGUAACGAUGGUACUGUUCACAGCGUGCAAAACUACCCUUGGCAUUUCCACGCGGGUAUUGUGAACGGGAAUAUAGCCAAAUGCCCUCAAAAUCAUCCCUUAGGUAUGGUAUCUCAAGACUUCAUGUUUCAUCCUAUGAGAGAAGAAAGUCACGGGCACGCAAAUCUUCAAGCUACAACAGCAUCUGCUACAGCUUCUCAUCAAGCGUUUCCAGCUUGUCAUUCACAGGAUGAUUACCAUUCGUUUCUCCAGAUGUCUUCUACUUUCUCCAAUCUUAUUAUGUCAACCCUCCUACAGAAUCCUGCUGCUCAUGCUGCAGCCACAUUUGCUGCUUCUGUCUGGCCUUAUGCGAAUGUCGGGAAUUCUGGAGAUUCAUCAACGCAAAUGAGCUCUUCUCCUCCAAGUAUAGCUGCCAUUGCUGCUGCUACAGUAGCUGCUGCAACUGCUUGGUGGGCUUCUCAUGGACUUCUUCCUGUAUGUGCUCCAGCUCCAAUUACAUGCGUUCCAUUACCAACUGUUGCAGUUCCAACUCCAGAGAUGACUGAGAUGGAUACCGUUGAAAAUGCUCAACUAUUGCUUGAGAAACAAAACACAGCUCUGCAAGAUCAAAACUUGGCUUCAAAAUCGCCAGAUUCAUCAUCCGAUGAUUCAGAGGAGACUGGAGUAACCAAGCUAAAUGUUGACUCAAAAACCCAAGGUGAUAAAGUUGGGGAGGUUGUUGUUGCUGCUGCUGUGCAUGAUUCAAAUACUACCCAGAAGAAAAAUCUGGUGGAUCGCUCAUCGUGUGGCUCAAACACACCUUCAGGGAGUGACGCGGAAACAGAUGCAUUAGAUAAAAUGGAGAAAGAUAAAGAGGAUGUGAAGGAGACAGAUGAAAAUCAGCCAGAUGUUAUUGAGUUAAAUAACCGUAAGAUUAAAAUGAGAGACAACAACAACAACAACAACAACAACAACAACAACCCAACUACUGAUUCAUGGAAGGAAGUCUCCGAAGAGGGUCGUAUAGCGUUUCAGGCUCUCUUUGCAAGAGAAAAAUUGCCUCAAAGCUUUUCACCCCCUCAAGUGGCAGAGAAUGUGAAUGGAAAACAAAGGGACACGGCCAUGCCAUCGGCUCCUAAUUUUAAAAGCCAAGAUUCUUGUGCUGCAGACCAAGAAAGAGUAGUAAUGAUCGGUGUUGGACCAGGCAAGAGUCCUAAAACGAGACAGACAGGGUUUAAGCCAUACAAGAGAUGUUCAAUGGAACUGAAAGAGAGCCAAGUUGGGAACACAAACAAUCAAAGUGAUGAAAAAGUCUGCAAAAGGCUUCGAUUGGAAGGAGAAGCUUCUACAUGACAGACAGACUUUGAGGCGCUCAUUGGCCAAACGCCAAAGGCCUAAAGGUGAUAGGCUGGGCUUUAAAGAUUUAUUCACUACUAGGCCUAUAUUACAACAUUUUCCCCAUUAUACAAGCUUAACUAAUAGAGCCCUAAAGGCUCAUUAUGUGUAGCUAAUCUAUCUUACACAAGGGUAUACAACAUUGCAAUCUCUUAAUUUGUUUUACUCAUGAAUGAAUGAAUAAAGAUAGAAUUUUUUG